AACCCACCAUCCACCAUCCAAAAUCAUUAAAACAUCUGCCCUUUUCCCUUCAAAACAAGAGAGAGAAAGAGAAAUGGAAGGUCUGAUACCGUACGUUCUGCAUGCAUUGAAGAAGAAGAAACAGCACAAGAACUACCGCCGCCUUUCGGAGGGUUCGAGCCGAGGCAGCCGUCUCCCACUCACGGAGAGGGUGGUGUCCUUCGAAGGCUCAUCUCACCGUAGGACGAGGUCUGACUUUCAGACUCCUACGUCUAACUUUAUGGAGUUGAAGAAUCGCCCUUCUUCCCACUUCAAAAUCAAAGACUCCCGCUCUCAAAUUCACAACAGAUAGACAAUUCAAAGAAAUAAUAGUUGUUAAUUAUUUUUUUUUUAUAUUAAUACAUUGCAAAUGUAAAAGAAAUUGUAUG